UCCUCCUCGCAAGCCAAGAAUGUUUCCCUUCCUGCUCCUCUGAAACACUCCGAUGUACAGAAUAUCCAUAAAUGUUCGUAAAAAUAAUCAAGGAAAUCCUCAAGCCGUCAUUUCCAAUUUGAGCAAAGGUAAAGAUCACAAGGGGCGUCCCCCCUUGUCCUCCUUUCCAUUUUUGCCAUUCCUCGAGAAAAACCCCACGUAAUGGUACAAACGGACGGAACUUGAAGAUUGCGACAAGGUCUAAUAAUUCAUCCGAUUCCUAAGGUAUAACAAAGACUACAAUCCGUGCAAAUAUGAUAAGCAUAAUUGAAAACAACGCCUGGUUUCAUACUUGGUUAUAUAAGUCUCCUUUCUCUUCUCUUGGUUCUGAAUGAAUGAUACUUAUUCAUUUGUUUGUUCGUUCAUUCAUCACUUCUCAUUCUCGUACAUGAGCGAGUCCAUUUACAUAUAUACCAAAACAAAUCCAGCAUCAUGUUGGAAAGCAUAUCAAUAAAGUCUCUCAUCGUACCAUUUGUCGUGAUCUUCGUCUUGUUUAAAGUCACACAAUAUGUUCAGAGAGAGCUUAAGAUUCGAUCACUGGGUGGUCAUGCCAGAAGAGCGAAAACAUGGAUUCCUUUCGAUCUCGACCUCGUUGCGCGCUCGGUCAACUAUGGUAUGCAUGAUAAGAACCUCGAAGCGUGGAUGGCAUUUUUCUCCGGUUACAAAGACAUACGUUAUACAGUAGAGGCAAAUCCAGGAGGACAGCGUACGCUGUUUACUGCGGAACCAGAAAAUAUUAAAGCUAUACUCGCGACUCAAUUCACAGACUAUGGCAAAGGAGAACCAUUUCACAAUGAUUGGAAAGAUUUCCUUGGUGACAGUAUCUUCACGACAGAUCUUGACCAAUGGCAUGAUUCUCGUCAAUUGAUUCGUCCACAAUUUAUCAAGGAUCGAGUUAGUGAUUUGGAUACUUUCGAGAGACAUAUUCAGAUUUUAAUCGGGAAGAUCAAAGAAGAAGGUAGAAAGUGGGAUGGCACUCAGGGUCGGGAGAUUGAUGUUAGUGAUUUGUUUUUCAGAUAUACUCUAGAUGCUGCAACGGACUUUUUGCUAGGACGCAGUGUGGAAAGUUUAGAGAAACCAGGAGAAUUUGCAGAUGCUUUCGCAGAAGUUCAGCGGGUACAGAGUGUUAUCUCGAUAGCUGGACCUUUAAAUGGAUUGGUUCCAAGGAAAUCAUUCUACAAAGGUCUCAAGGUUAUAAACGAGUUUGUUGCCCCCUUCAUUGAAGAUACGCUUCGACUUUCUCCUGAGGAACUAGCAACCAAGACAAAGACAGAGGAAGGGUAUACAUUUCUCCAUGCAUUGGCUUCCUAUACUCGUGAUAGAAAUGUACUUCGAGAUCAACUCGUAGCAGUCUUACUUGCCGGUCGCGAUACAACAGCUUCCACUCUGUCAUGGACAUUCUACGAAUUAGCUCGUCAUCCUGAAGUUUUCAGGAAAUUGCGCGAGGAAAUCAUCUCGAAAGUUGGUCUAGAGACACCCCCAACUUAUCAACAUUUGAAAGAUAUGAAAUAUUUACAGAAUGUUAUGCACGAAACCCUUCGUCUUUACCCCGUCGUUCCUUUCAAUAUCCGUCUCGCUCUCAAAGAUACCACACUGCCCGUCGGUGGCGGACCAGAUGGUCUCUCUCCUAUGGGAAUUCUCAAAGAUACUCCAAUCUGUUACUCCACUCUCAUUAUGCAACGCCGCGAAGAUCUCACUCCAGACGUCAUGUCCUUCAAUCCCGACCGCUGGUUGACAUGGCAGCCUAAACCUUGGCAAUACAUCCCUUUCAAUGGUGGUCCUCGAAUCUGUAUUGGUCAACAAUUUGCACUCACCGAAAUGGGUUAUACGAUUGUUAGACUCUUGCAAAACUUUGAUGGGCUCGAGGGAUUUAUGCAUGAAAUUGAUGGAGGAAACCCACGAUUGAAAUCGGAUAUUGUUUUACAGCCUGGACAGGGUGUACACGUUGGGUUUUUGGAAGGGAAAAGCGAAACUGUCAAAGAAAAGGUCUAGGAUGGUGAAGUAGAUGUUAUGGUGAUGAUGAUUCGGCGUUAAUUGCUUUACUUGGCCGCUCAGGGAACUGGCCAAAGGAACUGAAUUUUGACGAUUGAUGAAAGUGCUUGUGUCAGCUCAACUUAUGAUGUAAAAAUAAGAAAACAGGUUUCUCUUAUCUUUUUUUACAAUAAUCUGAAUAUCAUGUAACGUGAGUAUCAAAAGGAACAAGAUGCGCAUAACGAAUGAAUAGUCAACC